AUGUGCAGUGCCGCUGUUGUGCUGCUACAGCAGGCAGGCCGUCUUAAUACUGACAGAAAAACAACGCUGAAUUUGCACGAUGCGUGUAGCUAUGCAUAUCCAGCUGCCUAUGAAAUGAACUCUAUUGCUGGCUCAGUGGAAGCAGAGGAUUGGUUGGACAUAUCGGAUUCCCUCUCCCUACCUUCGCUUUCUUUAGAUGAUGUCCUUAAUGAGGUAAGCCAACUUGAUGAUGAACUGCUAGAUGGACACCUGUCUGGAAGUGUUGAUCAUAUCAGUCCACCGCCAUCUGCUGCUGCGAGCUAUAAGCUGGACAGUGCCGUGAAGACCGAACGAUUAGAUUCGCAUCUCCUCACCAACUGGUCUCUUUUCGAUUCGCGAAGCAUGGAUCUUGCUGUAGCAGUAGCGUACCCAUGGGUGGUAACACUGCCUGUAUAG